AUGGAAAAUCAAAGCAGAAUCAGUGACCUGCUCGGGCAUGCCCUUGACAACCUUCUUGAGGAAGAAUUCAAAAGUUUUAAAGACAAACUAUUACACUCUGACUUUAAGGGGAAAGGUAACAUCUCCCGGGGUCAGCUGCAGAAUGCCAACAGGAUAAAGACUAAGAACCUCCUGAUGCAAUUCUAUGGUGCAGAGGCUGCAGUGGAUGUAACCAUAGAUGUUUUCACUCAGCUCAAUUUCAGAGAUGCUGCUGAAAAACUCAGAGAAGAAAGAGAGAAAGAUUACCAGAAGAAGUAUAGAGAACAUAUGCAAGAAGAAUACCAAGUAGUAGAAGACAGGAAUGCUCACCUGGGUGAAUAUGUGAGUCUGGACAAAAGAUACAUAAAACUGCUUAUUGUAAAGGAACAUUGGCAGCGAGAGGAGAAAGAACAUGAAAUAAUCACCAGAGGAAGGAGACACGCAGAAUUGAUGGCUCAACAACCCAGCCUCACUAAGAUUAGUGUUUUAUUUGACCUCAAUAGAAAUAAAAUAAGCCCCAAAACUGUGGUGUUACAGGGUGCUGCUGGAAUUGGGAAAACAAUGACAGCAAGAAAGAUCAUGUUGGACUGGGCAGCUGGAAAACUCUAUCAGAAAAAGUUUGAUUAUGUUUUCUAUAUAAACUGUAGAAAAAUAAAUCGUGUUACUGAAGAGCAAAGUGUUGCUGAUUUGGUUUUAGACAAUUGUCCUAAUGGAAAAGGACCAAUUAAAGAAAUCUUUGAGAAGCCAGAAAAACUCCUGUUCAUAAUAGAUGGUUUUGAUGAAUUGAAUUCCUUGCUAGAUGAUGAAGUUGGUCUGUGCACUGACCUAUUUGAGAAGAAGCCGGUGAAAACCAUACUGUGCAGUUUACUGAGAAAGGAAGUUCUUCAAAAAUCCUGCUUACUGAUCACUACAAGACCAACUGCUCUGGAGAAACUAAAAAAUAAUUUGAAACGUCCAUGUUAUGCAGAGAUAAUGGGAUUUUCUGGAGAUGACAGGAAAGAAUAUUUUCAUAAAUUCUUUUGUGAUGAAAAAAAAGCAACACAAGUCUUUAAUUUUGUCAAAGAAAAUGAAAUACUCUUCACCAUGUGCUUUAUCCCAAUUGUGUGUUGGAUCAUCUGCACGGUUAUGAAGCAACAGAUGGAAAGAAGGGAAGAUCUUGCACAAACUUCAAAAACAAUCACAUCAGUAUAUUUGCUUUUUCUGGCCUAUUUACUAACAGAUCAUUUCAAUGACUCAAUGCAUUUGCAAGAGUCUAAAACUAACCUGUGGAAGCUUUGCUCAUUGGCUGCAGAUGGAAUUUUAGAAGAGAAAAUACUGUUUGAUGAAGGUGACCUGAAAAAAUACAAUUUAUCUUUGUCUACCAUUCAGUCUCUCUUUCUGAAUAAAAAUAUUUUUAAAAAAGAUAUAGGACGUGAAAGUGUGUACAGCUUCAUUCACUUAACUUUCCAAGAUUUUUUUGCAGCUCUGUUCUAUGUGCUAGAGAAAGAUGAAGAGACAAUGGAAAAAUCAUUGACUUCUAUGAACCACUUGCUAAACCUUUAUGGAACAUCUAAAAAUAAUGAUUUGAUGUUAACCGUACGUUUCUUGUUUGGUCUCUUAAAUAAAGAAAGACUAAAUUACAUGGAGGAAAAGUUACAUUGUAAAGCAUCAUUUGCAAGAAAGCUGGAUUUAUUGAAGUGGUUUGAAGCAGAAGCUAAAAAAAUCUCCUCUCUGCCCUAUAAGACCUCUGAGGAACUGCAUGACCAGCUUGAGUUGUUUCACUGUUUGUAUGAGAUUCAGGAUGAAGAGUUUGCAAAAAGUGCAAUGGAUAAUUUCCAAGAAAUUAGAUUGGAACACAUCAGACUUACAAUAAUGGAUGAAAUUGCUCUUUCAUUCUGUGUGAAGAAUUGUUGUAGUAAGCAAUCACUUUACCUAUGUAAUUGUAUACUUGGGAUUGGAGAACGAGAAGAAGGAUGGAGAGCAAAGCUACGGAAAUGGUUAUUUCCUCGGAGCCAACAGACGAAAGAGCUGAGAAAUUCAACUCCAGUCUCAUUGUGUCAAGGACUGAAGGAUCCAAACUGUAAACUAAAGACAAUAUCCUUGUCCAGCUGUAAACUCUCAUCUGCUUUCCCUGAGAACCUCUCCCCUAAGACCCUCUUUACAAACUGUGCCCUGGAAAAGCUAGAUCUGAGUGCUAACACACUGGGAGACUCAGGACUGAAACCUCUGUGUGAGGGACUGAAACAUCCACACUGUGAGCUCCAGACACUGCUGUUGUGGCAGUGCAGCCUCACAGCUGCUUGCUGUGGAGAUCUCUCUGCUGCCCUCAGUACAAACCAGUCUCUGACUGAGCUGGAGCUGAGUGGGAAUAAACUGGGAGAUUCAGGAAUUAGACUUCUGUGUGAAGGACUGAAACAACCCAGCUGUAAACUGGAGAAAUUAGUGGUUUGGGAUUGCCAUCUGACUGAUGCUUGCUGUGGAGAUCUCUCCUCUCUGCUCAGUACAAACCAGUCCCUGAGAGAGUUGAACCUGAGCAGUAAUAACCUGAGUUAUUCAGGAGUGAAGCUUCUUUGUGAAGGAUUGAAACAUCCAAACUGCAAGUUAGAGAAGCUCGACUUGUCUGAAAACCACAUAGAUGAAAGAACAACCAAGGAGCUGGACGUUUUGCAGAAGAUAAAACCUGGUUUGUCAAUUGUGCAUUAUACAGCAUUGAGCCCUGAGAGCCCAGGUGCAAAGCAAAGCUGGGUGGCAUUGCUUCUAUCUCAGCGCCAUACAUACACCUCCAAAGUAUUGACUGGGAUUGCAGAAUUUCUGUGGUAUAUUUUUGUGUUGCACUGGGAGAUUGGACUUGUUUUGCUGUUAAGCAUGGCUACAUAUUGGCUUAUCUGAUUGAUAAAUAUUUAAGAAUCUGAAACACAAGGCCGUAUAGAGGAUUAACAAAUCUUGAAACAGUUUUUGAUUCUCUUAAAGAAAUCUUAAUGGUGUAAGAGGUGUUAAGUGGGAAUUAAUUUCCCCUUAAAGCUGUGAUGUCAAACCCCUGAUCCAUGUGAUGUAUUUUUGUUGCUGCAUCACAUACUCAGAUUCUAUAGAAUCUAAGCUUUUCUUAAUUGACUUUUUAAAAGUAACUUCCUUGGCUUCAUAGUGUGACAGUCUGUUACCCUGAUCUUCACCCCU